AUGGCUACGGAUGUAUUAGAAGAAAAUCGUUUUAAAAAUCAAUGUUCUCUAUAUGAAUCAACUCAUGUUCAAUUAACUAACGGUACUAUACAUCAUCAUCAUCAUCAUCCUCCAACAACAUCAACAGUAUUAAAUGCAUCAUCAAUAUCUACAACUACUCAUAAUCGACGUGUUAAAUAUCCAACACAAACAAAUUUAUCUUCAUCUCAUUCAUUAUCAAAUUCAAUUCAUAAUCGACAUUCGGGUUCGGCUGAUAUAUUCAAUUUUAUUCGUUCGUUUGCAAGGAAACCUUUUAAAACAUCAUCAAUGACAAAUGCUGUAGCUGGAGGUGAAACAAGCAAUGUUAUAGGUGGUAGUAAUAUACGUAAUAAAUCUUCUGUCAGUCUCCUAAGAUAUCGUCCAUUGAGUGACGUUUUGACCGAUCACACUUCUUAUACACAAUCUAAUCAUGCAGUUGAAGAAUUUCUUAAACAUAUGGAAUGGUCAGAAAAUUCAACAACAAAUGAAACACGUGUAAAAUGGAAUACAGCUAUGAAAUUUUUAAUUCCAACUAAAUUUGAUGUUAAUCGAGCAAUUGAUUUAUAUAAAACUCAUGAGAAUCUUCGUAAAACAGAAAAACUUGAUCGUAUUUGGAUAAAAAAUCCUUAUCUUAUUCGUGAAAUUGAAUCAAAUAAAUUUUUUUCAUUGUCACAAAUACCAAAUCAACCAUUAACAGUUAUAUUUACAGCAUCAAAUCUUAAUUAUUUAACUUUGAAUGAUUCACUUUCACAACAAGAUCAUGAAUUAAUUACAUUACAAGCGUUAGUUUGUCAACUUGAUGUUGCAACUGAAAGUAUUGAAGUUCAACAAAAUGGUUUAAAUUUUAUAUAUGAUAUGCAAAAUUAUUCAGCAUCACAAUUCAAUAUAAAUCUUAGUAAAAAAAUUGUUAAACUUCUACAAGGUGGUUAUCCCGCAAUGGUUAAAAAUAUAUUUACUAUAUCAGCUCCAAAAUGGUUUAGAGUAAUCUAUAAGGUACUCGCGAUUUUUUUAAGUCAAAAAUUGCGUGAUAGGGUAACAUUUUGUACAGUUGAUCAAAUACGUGAACGUUUAACAACACAAUAUGGUUAUUCAUUAGAUAACAUUCCAAUAUCAUUAGGUGGUACCUAUGAUCCAAUGGUUAACAGUCGUAGUCGUUAUCAAAUAUGUUUAUCAAAAGUAAUAAAUAAUCAUUCAAUAUGUUAUCCUUAUUAUUCUCUUGAUUAUCAACCAAUGACAACAAAAUCAAUGAAUGAUAAUUUUGUUUUUAAUAAUAAUCAUCAUAAUCACGAUAAAUCGAGUUUUUCAUUAAAAACAACAACAACAACAACAACAACUUCGCCAUCAUCACUUAUUAGAUUUGUUUCUUCAAGACGUAAUAAUGAGUCAUUAACAGAAGUUCGUAUGCGAAAACGUGAAUCAUCCUUAUCAAAUGAUCAUGAUAAACGCCGACGAUCUAACGAAAGUCUUCUUAUUGAAGAAGAAUCACCUACGAUAAAUUCAUCAUCAUCAUUAUCACGAAAAGAAAAUUAUGAUGAUCAAUUAAAACGAAAUGAAAAUUGUCAUCAUGAUUAUAAUAUAAGAAAGAGUAUGAAUGAAAACGAAUGUCGUGAAUUAAAAUGUGAUAUCAAACGAACAGCAAUAACAAAUCUUUAUAAACCAUUGAAUGAAACCGAAUUUUUAUCUAAAACACAUUCUGAAAUAAGACAAGAAUUUCGUAAAAUGCCAAAUCCACCAGCAAAAGAUACGCAUGUUGCAAAAUACGAAGAAAAUCUUGAUAAAUCUCGUUAUCGUGAUGUUCUACCAGGUGAAUCAACUCGUGUUAAACUUCAAGAAGAUACUGAUGAUCAAAAUGAUUUUAUCAAUGCUAAUUAUGUUAGUGGUUAUAAUAAUCAAGAAAAAGCUUAUAUAUUUACUCAAGGACCAUUACAAGCAACAGUAAAAGAUUUUUGGCGUAUGAUAUGGCAAGAAAAUAUAUCAAUUAUAGUCAUGACAACAAAUAUUCGUGAAUCUGGUACAAUGAAAUGUUAUCCAUAUUGGCCAUUAAAAAUAAAAGAAUAUCUUAAUACAGGAUUAUAUCAAAUUCAAAAUGAAAAAUCUGAUCCAUAUGAUAGUUUUAUUAUAACAACAUUAUUAUUAAAGAAAAAAACUAAUUCAGAAAUUCGAACAAUUUAUCAUGCACAUUAUCUUAAAUGGCCUGAUCAUGGUAUACCAACUGGAACAAAAGAUGCAUUAUUAUUUUUAGAAAAAGUUGAAUAUUAUAAAGAAUUAACAAAAACAAAAUCUCCAAUUCUUCUUCAUUGUUCAGCUGGUAUUGGACGUACAGGAACAUUUUGUGCCAUUGAUAUUGGUAUAAAACGAUAUUUAAAUGAAAAAAUUAUUGAUAUACCAUCAACAGUUAUUAAAAUGCGACAAGAACGUGCUGGUAGUGUUCAAACAGAAGAUCAAUAUUUAUUUGUUUAUUUAGCUUUAAUGGAUUUUAUUAAACGACAACAAAUUAUACAAGAAAAAAAUCAUAAUUUAGAAUUACGAAAUAGUAAAAAAUCAUUUGAAUUAGAUCAAAUAAAUAAAUUAUCAUUAAUUAAUACGUCAAAUAUAAUUAAUUUACAAGAAUCAAUAUCUCAACAGAUUAAAACAUCAAAUGAUUCUUUAGUAGCAAAUAUUCAACAUUUAAUAUCAUCUACAAAUGAUAUUAUUCGACAACAAACUUCAUUAAUGCCAUCGACUAAUGACAAUGAAAUAGAUAGAAAAAUUCGUACAUAG